AUGUUGUUGUUGCUAACAAUAUGGCUGCCUGUCUCGCAUAAAUCUUAUGGUUGUGAGUGGAAGUGGCAAUUUCACAUGUCCUUAGCUAGCAAAAUCUCGAAAAAUGGCUAAAUCUUGAAGCCAAGUGUCACAAGCGUCUAUUUUGUAAAAAAGUCCAGCGGCUUGUGAUUUAGCUGAUUCAGGAAAAUGGCACUCGUAUUUGGUAUUGGUUCCGGACUUUUUUCAUUGACAGUGUUAUGGGUUAUUGGCAUUUUUGUAGUUUUCUUGUUGUCGAGAACAGGAGGGUCUUUGAGAAAUGCGACAAUUCCUGUUGUUUUAAUCCUUUGUAUAACAACUAUUGUGAUGAUAAUCUACCCAAGAAAGAGUCUUGAUGAAGAACUACAGACAAAGAAGCAAGCACAGAAUGUUGAUAAUAUUUGGAUCCCAAGAAUUGUGCUCUUUACUUUCAUCUGCCUGUUCACUCUGAUUGGCUUUGUCUUCCUUGUUCAACAUUGGCUUGAGCCUGUAUACUCCCCAGCUGUUACUGCCAAAAGGAUCUACUCAUUUUGAGUAAGUACUGACUCUGUGGAAUAUCAAUAAAUCUACUGAGCACUGUAUGCUUACCACAAAAGAACUGCAACUGAACUUGAAAAGGAAACAUGCCUCCUAGCUUAAAGCAGCUGUUUUGCUUGCUUUCAAAUGUUUGUAGGCCCUUCUUAUUGAAAGUAUGUGAGACAUCACAAAUUAGUUGUUUGCUGGAAUUACACUUUCCAUGUUCAGUAGUUAUGGUCUAAAUACUGAACAGCUAGAUCCAGCUGGAAUCCCAAUAUCCAAAGUCUGUUUCAAGCCCCUUCAAAGGUUGAAGGAUUUGGCUAAACAGACCCCUGACAUCAGUGCGGUAGCUAUUAUCAUUCUAAGGCUGACUCUAUCCCCCUAAAAAAUCAUAAAAAGUUUUUUGUUUCCACUAAACAAUUUCCUCUGUUCCUAUUGUUCUUAAGCAAUGGUGCACCAAUAAAUUUAGCCUUCCUAUGGUACUGCUGUUACCGAUGAGAUCAUAUAUCCCAAGAAUACCAGGAAUGAUGCUUAGAAUCAAGCAAUUCUGGCCUUCUAAUGUUUUCCCCAUUUCAAAGAUUACUGCAGCCUUCAUUUAUUUUUCCAUUGUUUUCCAGUCUCUGGUUGAGGUUGUCCAAUUGAUCUAGCAUGGCCCAAAUUUAAAUAGUAGUAUGCUGUCCAUAUUUGGCACAUAUUUAUUAUUAUCUUUGUUUCCCAGUCACAGAGACAAGAUAGAUAUUAUGAUUUGACAAGCUAACAGUAUUUAUUUGCAAAGCCCACCCUAGAAUUUACUUAAAAGAGACACUAUCCUUGUGUGCUUUUUGCCUAGAUUUGCGAAUGUUUAUUCUGGUUAGUUCAUGUAAAUUUAUUCCUGUGUACUCUUUUUAUCUAUGACAUUACAUAUUUUUUUGUUUUUGCAAGAAUGUUUCUGUGGAAAGAAAA